CAUAAACCUUACAUUGGGUGGUGGUCUAGUAAAUUUGUUUUAUAUAGUUUUGAUUUUGUAUGGCUGCUACCUUGGCCAGGCCACUUUUAAAAUACAUUUCUAAUCUCAAUUGGAACUUCGCAGUUAAAUAAAGGCAAACACAUUUUUUCCCCCUUUUUUCAUCAAAAUCAAGCUACUGGUUCCCAAAGUCAUUGGUCUGUGUUUUUUAAAUGCCUUUUAAAUGUGUGUUUGAAGGCCUUAUAAUUUUAAAACCAUUUUUAAGUGCCUUAUCUAUGAUCUUUUUAAGUUUUGUAUUGCUUAAUUUAAAGAUCUAAUUACAAUUUCAGAGUUACCACAAUGCAAAAAAUACUCCAUAAUGAGUCCCUGAUUAAAAAUUGUACUUAUAAUUGUACAAAAAUGUACAAGAGAUGUCAGUGAAUUAUUCUAAAUACUCAUAUAUAAUGUUAACAUACCAUAUAAGCAAAUUUUAAUUGUAUUACAUGAUUUAGAUUUUACUUUUUGGGCAAUUUAAAUCAUCAUAAUAUUAAUUUUUAUGCUGUUUCUUAUACAUGUGUUUGUUACAAGUAGUGUUUAUAGCUGUAAAAAAGUAAAGGAUGCAUAUGUUCCUUCAUAAUUUGUUCAUGAGUAAAUGUGGUUUUGUGAAUGUCACUUUUUAUUAUUAGAGGCUCUGACAGUAAGUGAUGACGCAGUGACGGUGUUUUAAAGGAAAUGCUGUGGCUGACAGCUUUGCGCUGGACUUUGCUUUUGUUUUAUGGCUCUGAGCUGCUGAUAUGUUGACGCCCAGUGAGCACUUUGUUUGCUCGGGUCUGCUGUUGUGUCAGUCUGUGCGUCUGCCCGAAGAAGGCUCUUGUUCGAGAUGUCUCGGUACCACAAAGCGGCAGUCGAUGGCUACUUGGACCUGCUGAAGGAGGCCACAAGGAGGGACCUGAACAUUGCGGAUGAAGAUGGCAUGACUCCCACUUUGCUUGCUGCUUUCCAUGGACAUGUUGAUGCUCUCCAGCUCAUUUGCAGCAGAGGAGGAGACCCCAACAAGAGCGACAUCUGGGGAAACACGCCAUUGCACCAUGCUGCAGCGAACGGCCACAUGCACAUCCUGAGUUUUCUGGUCAACUUUGGUGCCAACGUUUUUUCCCUGGACAAUGAAUUCCACACAGCAAUGGACGUGGCUGCCUCUCGUGACCGCAUGGACUGCGUGCGCUUCUUAGACGCUGCCGCGUCGCAGCAGACCAACCAGAAUCCCAAGAAGGUCGCCACUCUGAAGAAGGAGGCUGUCAAGGAAGCAGAGAAACAAGUUAAACUCUGUGAGAAGGUGAAGAAGAAACACCAGAGCAAGAUGGAGAAAAUGCACCAUGGAGCAAGCAACACUGGGACUGUGUCAGAGGCCAGCAUGGCGUCAUCCUUCUCAAACGGUGGUACCAUGUCUGGCAUCAGUGAACAGUUCUCCGAGCUUAAGGUUAAAUCUGGCUCAGUUAAAAGCGGGGUGAUAGGCACCCUCCAAAAGAAGCUUGGAAGGAAAGACAAAGGCACACUGCAGAGACCAGAAGGGAAUGGGAAUGUUAUUUUUCUCAAGCCGGAGAACAGAACAUUGGAGAAGCCAGAGUUUCUGGGUGUCUUCAGUGAGCAUGAUGAAAACAUGUUUGAUGAGGAAGGAAUGGGGGAAUGUGACGAUGGUGAAGAAUCAGGUGAAGCCAAACAGUCUAUCUUCAACCGUCCUGGUCUUGGAGGUCUGAUUUUCAUGAAGAAGAUGGAGUUGGAGUCAGAUGAUGUGCCCAGGGGGAACGAUGAGAACCUUGGCUACCUCGUUCAGAACACGUUGUUUGAGGCAGAGGAGGUUGCUGAUGGCUACGAGGAGAAUGGUGACACUAAUCUGCCUUGGGAUCAGGAAGAUCUGGGUCUGGAUGAUGAUGAAAACGAUGAAACUUCUCCUCUGGAUGUUUUCUUGUCUGCUGUUUCCUGCCCAGAGUUUGCCCUCGCAUUUCACAGAGAGCACCUAGACCUGGAGGCGCUCAUGCUUUGCUCUGAUGAAGACCUGAAAAGCAUUCGCAUCCAGCUUGGCCCCAGGAAAAAGAUCCUGGAAGCUGCUGCUCGCAGAAAGAACACGCUGGAAGCUCCUGGACUCAUGAAGGACAGCUGCUUGUGAUCCAAAAAAGCAUGAACAGAGAUUUAUAUUCCUACAAUUAACUUAACAUUUUCAUCUGUAUGUUUUGUAAAGAGAGAUUUUUGAUUUUCUGUAUAAAAUCAUUCAGCAAAUCAUUGCACCAAAAGCAUAUAAAGUUGUUAAUAGAGGAUUGUGCACUGCUUUGUUUGUAAUGUCCAUGGCCUAUGCAAUAUGAGAGUCAGUGAUAGGCCACUGUCUGUAUAUCUGGUUGAAAAAAUAUGGAAUAAAAAGUAUCUAAAAUAAAAGAA